AUGCUUCUAUUACGAAUAUUUCCUAUAAUCCUCCUGCUCUCAUGGCACAUUCAAAAUGUCGAGUCCGCGCCGGAGGACGACAGGCAAUUGCAGAAGGAUAUAUUGAAAUCUUAUAAUCCAAAAAUUCGGCCGGUCAAAGUGGAGACAACAGUGACACAGGUUUCAGUGUUUUUGAAUAUUGCUCAUGUGGAGAAAGUAGACGAAGAAGAACAGACCGCUCUGGUUCAUGGUCAUCUCUGGGCGUCAUGGAUCGAUGAGUACCUGGUAUGGGAUCGGAAGAAGACGAAUAUCACAAAGCUAACCGUUCCGUCAUCGAGGAUUUGGCAACCGGCACUGGCGCUUUAUAAUAGCGCCCGUGGUAAUACCUGGCAUCUCUACAUGAAUGGCCUGCCUGCCACCGUCUACUAUACCGGAAAAGUUUGGAGCAGUGGGACAUUCUCUUUUUUUGUCACCUGCCAAUUCGACUUUACCAACUGGCCGUUUGAUCAGCAGAGUUGCCCGAUUGUCAUCGCCGAUUGGGUGUACGGUCUUGCUCAAGUCAACUUAAGCGAUCCAAACACCGUUGCGGAGUACGCCAAGCCAUCGAUUCGUUUGAGCUAUGACCCGAUUGAGAAGAAAAAUAAGAGACAUGUUGGCGGAUGGGAAGUCAAAGAUGCGUGGAAGAAGCAUUGCUACUGGGGACCGAAGGGAUGUAAAGAGGACCCGCCGGAGGGAGAACCCGACUGGUAUUGGUCCCUUUUGGAGUUUGGAAUCAUUUUGAAACGACACCUUCCGUAUUUCCAGCUGACUGUUAUGUUGCCAUUGAUCCUAACCUCUUUGUUGGUCCUACUUGGAUUCUGGAUCGAGACCUUCUCAACUAACGUCAUCAUGAUUGUGUUCAACGUGGUCCUUCAAGCAACAUACGGGUGGAAUAUGAUCAGCCAGUUGCCACCGGGCAGUGGGGGAACACCCAAAGUUGUGCAACUCUACACGAUGAAUAUUUUUAUCAGCUCCUUCCAAAUUUUGUUGAUCUCGAUUUCCAAGUUUUUGGAGGAGAGUUUGCCGGAGAAGUUUGCGUUCAAUUUUGGAAUCGAUAUCACGGAGAUUCCGAAGAAAAUGGGAAUUGAUGCAUUGUUCGCGAAGAAGGGAUUGUCGUUUGAUCCGAAUACACUCUUCACCGACCAAGACGACCCCGAAUCUCUCGAGUCGGUCCUCGAAAAAGGAGGUGGCUCCCCGAGCACCUCCAUCGGAAUCGGCAACCCACUAAACGACGAUGAAUUCGACAAUUUCCAAAACUCCACGACCUCAUCCACCACAUCAGACACCGAGUUGCUUAUCAAUCUUCCAACGAAUUCUGAACCCACGUUAGCUGAAAGUGUGGAGCACGUCGGAGUAGAGGACGCCAAGAAACCAGUCAUCAAACAACUGGAACCCGAGAGAAAACUCAGCGUCCAACUCCAUCAUAUCAAACGUUUCCUGUUCUUUCUGAACGUUCUAGUCUAUAUUAUCGCAUUCCUAUUGGUCCUUUACUAUUAA